GAAGCGAGUGGCGGCGUACGAGGGGCGCAGACCACUAACAGACUCUCUGCUCGACAAGGUCGACGCUUCUCCGCGAUUCUUUUAACUACGCUUCCUCCAUUUUCUCCAUCAAUCCCUCUUUCCAUUUUUUCCUCCUUCUUUUCUGUCUCUCCUCUUCAUCUUCUGAUCCGGAUUCUCCAAAUCUCACCAGUCGUCUACUCUCAAAUCUACAACUGAGGCCAUUCCACCUUUGUUCCGUGCAACCGCACAUCCAUCCUCCUGUCGCUCCACCUGGUUUAAAAGUAUGCGGGUACUCCGCGCUGUGCCGCCACCCUCAUGUCCACCGACAUGUCCUCUCCGUCCAUGAGGGGGAAGUCGUUUGCGAGGCGCACCAAGCAGAGCACUAGGAUAUGUUUUCGGGAGCAGAGGAGUGUCAUAACCAUGUCAUCUCCAGAGGUGUGCUGGCCUGUGCCGAUGCGAGCCAUCGGGGCUCAGAACCUCCUCACCAUGCCCGGAGGAGUUUCCAAGGCCGGGUACCUCCACAAGAAGGGGGGCAGCCAGUUCAGCCUCAUGAAAUGGCCGCUGAGAUACAUCAUCAUCCACAAGGGCUGCGUGUACUACUUUAAGACCAGUACUUCUCCAGCACCACAGGGGGCGUUCUCUCUCAAUGGCUACAACAGAGUGAUGAGAGCAGCAGAGGAGACGACGUCCAACAAUGUUUUUCCUUUUAAGGUCGUCCACUUCAGCAAGAAACACAGGACGUGGUUUUUUUCUGCCGCCAGCGAGGACGAGAGGAGGAAAUGGAUGCGACAGCUGCGGAGGGAGAUCGAUCACUACAACGACCGGAAAGAGUCCCUCAUUCCCAGCGACUCGGACUCCGAUGCUGACAGUUUCUACGGCACCAUCGAGCGGCCCAUGGACAUCACGCACCACGACAGUAACGCAGACGACGAUUACGUUGAGGAGGACGAUGAUGACGAUGAGGAAGACUAUCUGCAGCCCGACGCCAACUAUUCGCCGCCACCUACAGGUCGACCGACGGGGCCGCCCCCCUCCUACCCUCCCCCUCCGGUGCCGGCAGUGUUCCAGUUUCGUCAUGACUCUGGUCUCAGUUUCCACAAAGGCCCGCCUCCCCCCGUCCCGUCGCAGCACAGAAACCCGACCGCCCCGCUCCCCAAAAGACCUCCGCCCACUUUCCCACCUCCCUCCAUACUGAAGGACCCCAGCAGAGGCCCCCCUCCUCCCCCUAUGCCCUUUACGUCCCACCUGCGCAAGCCCUUUUGUCCCGACACUCCUCCUCUUCCUCCUCCGCCCAAUCCAAAGAGGACUCCUCCCAUGAACAAGCCAAAGAGAGCCGCCAAGCCGCCCCCCACAGGUGAGCCAGGGAUCAUCAACAGAGACUGGCGGCCUCUGUCGACCCUUUCCAACCAGUUUGCCUCCACUCUGCCCAUCUGUGAGCAAUUAGAGAGUAGGAUGGUGCCAAAUGGCCCCGCCCACUGCUCCCUGAAUGUUUUAGGGAGCCAGUCGCUAGGCAACAACCACCCCCGCAACAAGCCCACCCUGCUGCUGCCCCAUCAGCCCGCCACCAGAUGUGACAUCAGAAUUCCUGUCCCCCAGUCAGACGCCCCCUGUCACCCACCUCUCCUUGGCCCCCCUCCGAUCUCUCCUCUGCACAAACUUGGACUGCACAAUAAGCCGGCGGCGACCAACCCUCCUCCGCUGCCUGCAGCCAAGUCCAAGCCACCGGGAACCUCCCUUCAAAGAGCGUCUCCGGAGGGUCAGAGCUUCCGCUCGUCAGGAGACGAGACGCCGUCGGAGUUCAGGUGGAAAGCAGAUCCGGUGAAAGGAGGCGACGACUCGGACGACGACUACGAGAAUGUGCAGCUGCCGGACUCCGUGUUCAUCGACACGACCGAAACCUGCUUCGUAGAAAAGUUGUUCAGAGAGGGCCCCGACCCCCCCGAGGACGGACUGUACGGCAUCAGAAACUCUGGAACCAAAACCUCCAAGGUGCUGGUGGUGUGGGACGUCAGUUUAGGCAAAGCCAGAAACUACCGACUCUUUGCAGACGAGGGCUUCAUCUUCCUGGACACCGAAGUGACUUUCCCCUCUCUGUCAAUUCUGAUCGAACACUACCACGGCCAUCCUCUUCCUCACCACACCUCGCUCUGCCUGCAGAAGCCUUUCACCAAACCCGUGGGAUCCAAGCAGGCGGCAGAGCUCGUGCCUCCAUCGCGGCUCACACUCAGUCAAGCCGCGUCGUGAAUUGACACGCAAACAAACAAACAAGUGGAAAACGGGUGAAACCGUGAACUCCCAGCAGCUGAAACCAGAGUCUCUCCUGCCGACCAUCGACAACUCGUGGAAAUAAACGAUUAGAAAUAACUGGCACAGAUGAUAAAACUGAUCUGACCUCUCACUUUCAUCGACUGUUACACCAGAAUACACAAAGCUUCGUGUUCCUGCUGCUGUCAGCGAACAGGAAAGUGUAAAAAGAUAACGUGAUGAAGUCCAAUCCGAGAGAGUCGGAUGGAAGUGGAGUGUUUUGUCCACAGAGGGGCGCUGUGACACAAAACGUCUAAUCGCAAAAAACCACAGUUGUGAUAUUUCCUCUGAGUCACAUCGUUGGACCUUUGAAUCAGGAUCAACCAACUUGACUCUAAAACAUUGAAUGAACUAUGAUCUGAAUAAUUGACUGAAUGAAUCCUGCAUCUUUCUCAUCCAGUUGCAGAUUUUACGUCGUCAGAGGCCAUUUUCCACUUAAACUGUAGUUUUUCUUAUAAUGUAAAAUAGACAUUUUGAAAGUAUAACUCAGUAUUACUCAACAUUGUUGGUGCCACAUGUUUGAAAACAGCUGUUCCAGUUUGUGCAGCACUGACUUUAAUACUUCAAAUGACUAUAUGUAAAUGCUGUAUCUACUGUAAAAGAAAUGUGUCUAUCAAGAUGUAAAUAUAAGUUUUUUUUUACAGACGUGUAAUACGUUGAGAUUUUAUAAAGGAUUGUUCAGA